ACGGUUAUUGGAGGCACCAAUUGUUUUUGACAUAAAAAUCUCUCUUUCACAGAGACGACGAAAUUCAUUCUUUACUCUUUCGCUUCACAAUAAACAAAUAAAUAAAAGAAACAAAAAAGGAAACCCUUAGAAAAAUUUCCAUUUCAUUAAUGGCGUCUCUGCAAGGAUCGUUUUCUACAAUUUCGGCGGUUCGCUCGAGCUUCUCUUCCUCGUCUUCGUCGUCUUUGGCGGGAGUUUCUUUCGUCAGACGGCCGGAGUGUGACCGUAGGAGAUCCGGCGACCGGAGAAACCGUCUUAGAAUGCCGUGUAGAGCAAUGGUGCAGCAAGCAGUGCAGGGAGGAGCUCCGGCUACUUAUGCCAAAGAGAUGGAGCGACUUUCCGCUAAGGAAUCUCUUCUUCUUGCUUUUAAGGAUGCUGGGGGUUUUGAGGCUUUAGUCACGGGAAAGACAACAGAUAUGCAACGAAUUGACGUGAAUGAGAGGAUAACUGGCCUUGAGAGGCUCAAUCCAACACCGAGGCCAACAACGUCUCCCUUUCUGGAAGGUAGAUGGAACUUUGAGUGGUUUGGAUCCGGAAGCCCUGGACUUUCUGCUACUAAAAUCUUAUUUGAGAGAUUCCCUUCGACGUUGGCAAAAUUGUCAAAGAUGGAUUUGCUUCUUAAGGAUGGAUAUGCAAAGGUUACAGCACACUUGACACUGCUUAACUCGAUAGAAAGCAAAUGUAUUCUUUCCACCAGGGUAUCUGUUGAGGGGCCACUACGAAUGAAAGAAGAAUAUGUUGAGGGGAUUCUUGAAUCACCAACUGUUGUUGAAGAAACAAUACCAGAACAGCUAAAAGGUGCAUAUAGUCAGGCAGUUAAUACCGUCCAGCAACUUCCUGUUCUUAUUAGGGAUGCAGUGGCCAGUGGACUGAGAGUUCCUCUGAUGCCCAGUCUUUCAGUUGAACUUUUGGCUGGUUGGUGUGGGAGGUGUAGUUGGGAAAAGGGAUUGUUGUUUCAGGCAAUUCUUAUCUUAGUGGAUAUCUUGCAGUUGACUUGUAAGCCCAGUCAGUUGUUUGAGGACAUCAAAGGGUAGGCAAACACAACAAAGUCAGAGAUCUUCAACAAAUUGUUUUUCUAGAUCUCAGUAUCUUGCUUGUUUCUUAUCUUUUUGUUUUUAGUUUUUGUUGUAAAAUUAUAUGAUGCAAUUUCAGAAGUAGAUUGUUUAAAUGCUUUUUCCUUUGAGGGAAAACAAUUUUUGAAUUUCACAAUUUACAAAGUCAAAUUAAAGGAUGUUGUAAACUCACCGCUCUGGUCUCCCCUCCUCCGAAGCCUGGCUCCGCCCCUUCCCUUGUGAAUGCUUCAACAAAUGGGUUACACUUACUACUCAUUAAUAAAAUUGUUACUUAUGAGCAAAGAGAAGAACCAAUCCAUUUGCUGUGGAAUCAUUGCCUAUUUGAUGAUAAAGAAUCAGUUCCAUCAAAGGAUCCUAUUCUAAUUUUGUCAUCACUUGUGACUUUGUUUGCAACUUUCUUCAGUUGUCCCAUCCUGGAUUAUAAAUGUGUUAAGGGUCAAAUAGUACAGAAAAAGUUCAUGAUUUAGGGUAAAUUACGUAUCUUUUUGUUUGGUAUUCAACUCUUUUAUGAAUCUGAGCUGGAGU